GGCGGCCCGGGACGCAGGGAGGGGGCCCGCGUCGGGAAGGAGGGAGGGGCCGCGCCGCCUUCGAGAGUCAUUGGAGGACGCGGCCGCCCGAAGCUGAUAAAUAAGGGGCCGGGCGGCGGCUGCCGGCCAAGCUGGACGCCCCGAGCGGUGCGAGGGCCAGGUCAGCGCCGGCCCGUCGACGCGAAGCGAGGCGACCCCCGCGCGGCCAUGGCCUCGCUGCUGGGAGCUUACCCGUGGCCCGAGGGGCUCGAGUGCCCGGCCCUGGAAGCCGAGCUGUCGGACGGGCUGUCGCCGCCGGCCGCCCCGCCGCCGGGGGACAAGGGCUCGGAGAGCCGUAUCCGGCGGCCCCAUGAACGCCUUCAUGGUGUGGGCAAGGACGAGAGGAAACGUCUGGCGGUGCAGAACCCGGACCUGCACAACGCGGAGCUCAGCAAGAUGCUGGGAAAGUCGUGGAAGGCGCUGACACUGUCCCAGAAGAGGCCCUACGUGGACGAGGCCGAGCGGCUGCGCCUGCAGCACAUGCAGGACUAUCCCAACUACAAGUACCGGCCGCGCAGGAAGAAGCAGGCCAAGCGCCUGUGCAAGCGCGUGGACCCCGGCUUCCUGCUCAGCUCGCUCUCCCGCGACCAGAACGCCCUGCCCGAGAAGCGGGGCGGCGGCCGGGGGGCGCCGGGGGAGAAGGCGGACAGGGGUGAGUACUCCCCGGGCUCCGCGCCGCCCGGCCUGCGGGGCUGCUUCCACGAGGGCCCGGCCGGCGGCGGCGGCGGCACCCCGGGCAGCGUGGACGCCUAUCCCUACGGGCUGCCCACCCCGCCGGAGAUGUCGCCCCUGGACGUGCUGGAGCCGGAGCAGAGCUUCUUCUCCUCCCCCUGCCAGGAGGAGCAUGCGCACUCCCGCCGCAUCCCCCACCUGCCCGGGCCCCCCUACUCUCCGGAGUACGCCCCCAGCCCUCUCCACUGCGGCCAUCCCCUGGGCUCCCUGGCCCUCGGCCAGUCCUCGGGCGUCUCUAUGAUGCCCACCGUGCCCGGCUGCCCCCCGUCUCCUGCCUAUUACUCCCCAGCCGCCUACCCUCCUCUCCACUCCAACCUCCACGCCCACCUGGGCCAGCUCUCCCCGCCUCCCGAGCACCCCGGCUUCGACGCCCUGGAUCAGCUGAGCCAGGUGGAACUCCUGGGGGACAUGGAUCGCAAUGAGUUCGACCAGUACUUGAACACUCCUGGCCACCCAGACUCUGCCGCCGGGGCCGGGGCCCUCAGCGGGCAGGGCUCGGUCUCGCAGGUGACGCCGACGGGCCCCACGGAGACCAGCCUCAUCUCCGUGCUGGCUGAUGCCACGGCCACGUAUUACAACAGCUACAGCGUGUCAUAGAGCCCGGGGCAGCCCGGCCGGCCCGGCCUGGUCGCAGCCUCUCCUUUCCGCGCGGAGCGGAGCUGAUGCGCAGCGCCCCGGGGUGGGCGGGUCUGCGCUGCCGACCGGCUCUGCGGAUCCAGGGCCCCUCCGCCCGCCCCCUUCCCCGCCCGCCCCGCCCCGCCCCCUGCAGCCUGCGUUUUGAGUAUAUUCCUUCAAACGAGUUUUCAUUGGCCACACCCUGGGAAUCAGGCCCGGUCGUGGCUGAAAGACGCUGUUUCCCGGGAGAAUUUUCACUGACCUCUCCUCCCAGUCCCGGAAACAAAUUCGGGAAAAGCCCAGAAGCAUUCGCAUCUCUCCUGCUUCUGACACAGCCGCAGGGGUACAGCCGUCCUGACCUUUGGUCGUCCAGGUGAGGAGAGCCCUGGGCUAAGAUUCAGGGGACCCGGGAUCCAAUCCCAAUUCUGCCUCAGGGGGCUGGUGAAACCCGACUCCCCUCCCCUCCCCUUCCAGCCCAUCCCCCCCAUCUGUAGAGUGAGGGACGAACUCCGCAUCUAAGGUCCCCUCUGCUCCAGGGUUUUCUGAUUUAGGAUUCUCUCGAGGCUAACACAGGAAGAUGAAGUUGGCCUCAGUGAGCUCAUUCACGUGCAACCUGGUGACGAUUCCAUGUACAGCCCAAGGACACCAGGCUGCACUUGGUCACAGUCUUCCAAUAUGAUCAUAGUCUUCCAAAAGGACGCUUUGAGAAAGAACGCUCACCUUGAUUUGGGAAAUUAACCCCUGGGGUUAACUGCAUCACUGAAAAUGAGAUUGAAUUCAAGAUUUAAAAAAAA